AUGAGUAAAGCCGUAUUGUUCAUCACCGCCACAAUACUUCUCGCCGUCGUAAUCGCCGCCACCUUCGGUUCCCACCACCACCACCACCAGCUGCCACGCCAUCCAAAAGACUCACCGUUCGAUUUCACGUCGAAUGCCUCCCAGUUACUCAGAUCAAACGGAUUCACCUUCAUCGCCACCCUCCUCCACAUCUCGCCGGACCUCUUCCUCUCAACGCCACAGUCGACAAUCUUUGCCAUCCCUGACUCCGCCAUGUCCAACCUCUCCAUUCCUCCGUACAUGACGGUACAACUCGUCACUUACCACAUCUCGCCGUCCAAACUCACCAUUCAUGAUUUGUUUCAGAAACCCGUCAAUACCUGCAUCUCGACGAUGUUUCAACAACAGAAGAUAUCCAUCACCAAGAACGACGAGAAACAUCGAGUUCUUGAAAUCAAUAAGGUCUUGAUUACUCAUCCAGAUAUGUUCGUCCAGGGACCAGUCUCCAUCCAUGGCGUCGGUGGUCCGUUUGCUUCUUUCAAAUUUCAUCAAGAAAUCACGGAGUUGCCGAUCUGCAACACGAAUCAGAGUGAACUUUCACACAGCACUGUUGGUGGUAAAGUUAAUGGCAUCAAGAAGAAGGCUGAGUGGGGAAUGGUGGUUAGAUUUCUCAGUUCUGCCGGUUUCACCCCUUUUGCACUUGCGUUGUAUUCUGUUAUUGAUGGGAUUCUUAAAGAUCAUCCAGAUUUGAAUUCUACGACGAUAUUUGUACCUCCGAUCAUGGAAAUGGUGGAACUGCCGUCUAGUCUGCGGCAUAAAUUCAUGAGAUCUCAUAUAGUCCCUAAGAAGCAUUCUUACAAACACUUGGCGUCCUUACCCGAAGGAACAUCACUGACGACAUUAUGUCCAGGUAAAAAAAUCGAAAUCACUGAAACUGUAGUUAAUCUUUCCGAUGAGUUACUGGUUAUUAAUAGAGUGGAGGUAACUUCACCGGAUUUGUUGUUGUCGAAGAGUUUUGUUGUACAUGGAAUCGCACGACCAUUCGCCAUGGAAGAGGCUUCUAGUAUUUCCAAAUAAAUCACACCAAUGGUUCAUAUAUUGCUUGUGUUUUUGUUACUUAUUUAUUAGUUUCUUGAUUUUUCUGCAUGUUUUCUUGGAAUCUUGAUUUUGCUUCACCUUAUAUACACACACACACACAGAGACCAAUCGGUUCAUAUAUGGCUUGUGUUUCUGCAACUUGUUUAA